AUGGAUGUCGACACGUCGUCGACCGCCGGCGGCAACCAUCAGAACUCGCAGUCGCCGGCGCAGCAGCCAGGAGCUAAUGGCACGAAGACAACACCGCCCGGCGCGACAACGUCGACGCAGAAUGCCCAAGGGGCGCCCAGCUUUCGAAGACAACGUGCGUCGAGAGCUUGCGAGGUCAGAUGUGAUGCUGCUAGUCUCGGAGUACCAUGCACGAAUUGCGUCGCCUUCCAGAUUGAAUGCAAGAUCCCAGCACCGAAGAGAAAAAAGCCUAAUGGAGCAAGUGGAAGGGAUUCAGACAGCGAGCGCGGUGAUGCCAUCGAGGAUCGAUCCCCCGCCCCGGCUGGACAGUCGACCACCUUCCCGGCGAGGCCUGCCGUCUACCACUCGUCUGAAGGUACCCCAGCUACAACGUUAACCGAAGCUCAGGCCAGGAAAGAGGAAGUUGACAAUAGCACCUAUGUAGACCUUGUGAUGAAGCCGAAAUUCACUAGGGCCCCGAUCACCGAAGCCGGACGAGUAGCUUUCCUCGGAGAAUCUUCCAAUCUGACCCUACUGGUCCACGAUCGCCAAGGGUCAUCUGACGUUGUGCAUUACCCCUUACCGGACAACGUGAGAGGUUCCAGAGCGAGGCUCACGGAACUGGACAAUAUCGAAAUCGAUAUCCUCCACCAACGAGGAGCUUUCCUUUUGCCACCGAGAUCUCUUUGCGAUGAACUCAUCGAGUCUUACUUCAAAUGGGUCCACCCUAUCGUCCCAGUCGUGAAUCGGUCUCGAUUCAUGAAGCAAUACCGGGACUCGAAAAACCCGCCAUCUCUGCUGCUGUUGCAAGCGAUACUCCUGGCUGGUUCGAGGGUUUGCACCAAUUCGCAACUCAUGGACGCAAAUGGCUCCACCACACCGGCCGCACUUACCUUCUAUAAGAGAGCGAAAGCACUAUACGACGCCAACUAUGAAGAUGAUAGAGUAACGAUCGUUCAGUCCUUGAUCUUGAUGGGUUGGUAUUGGGAAGGGCCGGAGGAUGUCACCAAAAACGUCUUCUACUGGAGCCGAGUUGCGACUAUAGUCGCCCAGGGGUCCGGCAUGCAUAGAACCGUGGAGGAUUCCCAGCUCAGUAAAACUGACAAGCGGCUAUGGAAGCGCAUCUGGUGGACUCUGUUCACCCGUGAUCGGUCAGUUGCUGUGGCACUUGGUCGUCCGGUUCACAUCAAUCUGGACGAUUCGGAUGUCGAGAUGUUGACUGAGGAUGAUUUUAUCGAGGACGAGGGAGAUUUUGCCAACGUAUAUCCUCCGGAUCCUAUCCAUGUCCAGUUCUUCUUGCAAUACGUCAAGCUUUGUGAGAUCAUGGGCUUGGUUCUGUCACAGCAGUAUUCUGUGGCAUCCAAGGGCCGCCAGCGCAAUGCCAUCGACCUUACUCACAGCGACAUGACCUUGGCAGAUUGGCUACAAAACUGCCCUAAGAUUGUCUACUGGGAGAUGCCCCGACAUCACUUCUGGAGUGCUCUGUUGCACGCCAAUUACUACACUACUCUGUGUUUGCUGCACCGCGCCCACAUGCCGCCAAACAGCCAUUAUGCCAGCAGGUUCCCUGACGACUCGUCAUAUCCGUCGCGCAACAUCGCUUUUCAAGCAGCUGGCAUGAUCACUUCCAUCAUUGAAAAUCUGUCAGCCCACGACGAGCUGCGCUUCUGUCCGGCAUUUAUCAACUACAGCUUGUUUUCUGCACUGAUCAUGCACGUUUACCAGAUGAGAUCGCCCGUGCCAUCGAUCCAGCAAGUCACGCAUGACCGCAUUCGUACCUGUAUGGGGGCUCUGAAGGAUGUUUCCAAGGUGUGGUUGGUGGGCAAAAUGGUCUAUACGCUGUUUGAGGCCAUUCUAGGGAAUCGGUCGUACGAAGAGCGUCUUCAAAAGGCUGCUGGCAAGCGGCAUCGCAAAGCCCAACAAUCGUUAGCGCAGUUGGAGCAACACCAACAGGCACAGCAACUAGCGCAGCAGCAGCAGCAGCAGCAGCAGAUGAGACCACAAGAGGUUGCUAAGAGGAAAUACGAUGAGAUGGCCAUUGACUUCAGUUCAAACACGCCAACACAUCAGGAGUCUUACGAGCGAUCGCGGCCACAGACACCGGCCCAUUCGAAGAACGACCAAAACCCAGCGCAAAUGGGCCCGCCUGUGACAUCUCCUAAUGCGCGAGCUGGAGAUACGUUCAUGGGCGGAUCCAAUAGCCGACCACACACCAGGCCAGCAACCCCUUUCAACCCGUCGUUUUCUGUCCCCGCCACGCCUCCCGACCUAUACUUGGUUACCAGAAACUCUCCCAAUCUGUCUCAGUCAAUAUGGGAGAACUUCCAGCCGGAUCAGCUAUUUCCAGAGAAUACGGCAAUCCCACAGUUCCCACAGAUGUCACCGCAACAGGGACACCAAAGUCUGGAUCCUAAUCUCAUGGCACAAUUGCAAGGCAUGAACGGGCCACAAAUGCAGCAGAAUCAAGGGGGGCAAUAUCAACGUGGUCCCCCACCAGGAAAUCGGGGUCAGAGUGGCAGUCCAUUGCAGAACAAUGGCAUGCUACAACCCAACCUCGCACAAUUCCAGGGACAAGCUGGCAACAUGUGGCAAGGCGCUGGAGUCGAGGGCUUACCUGACGGUCAUAGUCCUAGCGACAGCUGGAGCACCGGGUCAGCGGCUGCUCCACCGGUGCCCGCGACGCUGAACGUUGAGGAUUGGUUCCAAUUCUUUGGUAUUAACGGUAACGAUGUGAACCUGGCGAACCUGGACAUGGGACUCGGAACUAGCGGCUAG